GCUCUGCAAAUCUAGCAAAAACCCUUAACUCUCUCCGGCGAUCAAAAAUCUUGGGGGGAGACGACGACGAAGAUGGCGACAUCGUUGUCUAAACUCCUAACGAAAUCGAAACCUCACAGCCACGUGUGCUCCACCUCCCAUUCCCUUCACAGACAAUUCCGGCUACGCCACUUCUCCGCCGUCGCCGCGCUUGAAACCCAGACGAGUUCCCCCGCUACACCGCAAGAUAAGAAACGAAGGUCGAAUUGGUCACGGUUGCUGUUGUUCUUGCCUGGUGUGAUUACCUUUGGCCUCGGAUCAUGGCAAAUCGAUAGAAGGGAUGAAAAGAUCAAAACGCUGGAGUACCAACAACAGCGGUUGAAAAUGGAACCUAUGAAGCUAAAUACAGAACAUCCUCCGGAUAAGAAUCCGGAUGCCUUGGAGUUUAGACGAGUUAGUUGCAAGGGUGUUUUUGACGAGCAAAAGUCUAUCUAUCUGGGUCCACGGUCUAGGUCCAUAUCCGGAGUGACUGAAAAUGGAUUCUAUGUUAUCACGCCUCUGAUGCCAAUCCCUGGUGACCUGGAUAGCAUGCAGUCGCCUAUUCUGGUGAAUCGCGGAUGGGUUCCUCGAAGUUGGAGGGAGAAGUCAACAGAAUCUACUGAGGCUGACUUCGUUACAAAUGAGUCUACAAAAGCUAAACCACUCUCCCAUGAACAAAGUUCCUGGUGGAAGUUUUGGUCUAAGACGCCAGUGAUUACUAAGGAGGAUGUGCCAACGGUUAAGCCUGUAGAAGUUAUUGGUGUGAUUAGGGGAGGGGAGAACCCGAGCAUAUUUGUUCCAGCCAAUGAUCCAAGCACCGGGCAGUGGUUCUAUGUAGACGUUCCCGCAAUGGCUCGAGCCAUAGGUCUUCCUGAAAACACAAUAUACGUAGAGGACGUUCAUGAAGACAUAGAUCGGAGUAGACCGUAUCCUGUCCCCAGGGACAUGAACACUUUGAUCCGCAGUAAAGUCAUGCCACAGGACCAUCUCAAUUACUCAUUAACAUGGUACUCUCUCUCGGCGGCUGUCACGUACAUGGCUUACAAGAGGCUCAAGCCAAAGUCUUCCCGCAGAUAAGCUUUCCCUGAUCAACUCAAAUCUCUUUUUUUUUUGUCACUUGUCUGCUUAAGUAAUAAUUGUAGUAGAUGAUGGGUUUAGGUUGAAAUUUUCAUAACCUAAAGGGGCACUCUGGAAUACAAAUGAUAUAACAUUUUAUUCAAUUAAAAUCUGAAAUAUUCCACUGUCAAUAGGAUCUUUUGCCG